AUGGAAGCUGCAACUGUAACUGUGCAUUGGCACAAUGACAACCAACCAAUAUACUCAGUAGACUUUCAACAUCAUCGUCUUUUACUGUCAAACACAAAUAAAAGUAAUGAAUCCAACCCAGAACAACAACAUUUACGACUAGCCACUGCUGGUGGAGAUAAUAAUGUACGGAUCUGGCGCGUUAAUAAUGAAUCAAAUGAUUUUAGAGAUGAAGAAAACAUUAGUAACAUCAACGACAAUCCCAUCACUACCACAACAACCACUUCAGCAACCACUUCAGUAUCCACUUUGAAACCACCUUCAUCAGUCGAAUAUCUUUCCACACUCGCCAAACACAGCCAAGCAGUUAAUGUUGUUCGAUUCAGUCCUCGAGGAGACAUAUUGGCCACUGCAGGCGAUGACGGUACAUUGUUCCUUUGGAAACUCAGUGAUAAAAUAAUCAAAACCUUGGAAACUGAAGAGGAGGACGAUGAUAUCCAAGAAAGUUGGAUUGUUGUCGGUACAAUUAGGUCAAGCACUGCCGAAAUAAUGGACUUGGCAUGGCAUCCACUGGGGAAGUACCUAGUGACUGGCUCAAUGGACAAUACAUUGCGUGUUUACAAGAUUCAACAAGAGGAUAGUGGUUUGAAUACUGCAUUAAGUAAAGUUAAAGGAGAGGUACUUUGUUCAUUUACUGAUCACCUGCACUAUAUACAAGGAGUCACAUGGGAUCCAAUGGGUAAAUAUUUGGCUAGUCAAUCAGCCGAUCGAACAAUGAAUGUGUACGAAGUGGAACAAACAGAACUUGAUAACACAAAUAGUAUCGAAAAAAUCAAACUAUUACACAAGUUUCAAAGAUUUCAAAAUAGUUCUUUAUACUACUCAGAAACAUUACCUUCUUUCUUCAGAAGAUUGAGCUUCUCUCCUGAUGGAAUAUUGUUGGUCACACCGGCAGGAUUGGAAGACUGUGGCAAUCAGAGCUCAAACUCGGAUUCAAAUGCAAGUGCAAAUGCAAGUGCAAAUGCAAGUGCAAAUACAGAAGCAAAUACAGAAGCAAAUACAGAAGCAAAUACAGAUACAAAUGCAGAUACAAAUGCAGGUACAAAUGCAGAUACAAAUGCAGAUACAAAUGCAGAAGCAGACACAAUCUCAAACACUGAGGUAAAUACCUCCUCGUCUAAUGAACAGGUAAAAGAGGACACGGCUAAAGCAACUACGAGUGAUAGCAAUACACAAAGUGAAAAACCUGUAUUAAAAACAAUACUGUCUCCUCCAAUUACCUCGAAAAACUCCGUAUACAUCUACUCGAGAACACGACUCUCGACAAGCCCAAUCUUGAAACUAUGUGGCCUCACAAAACCGGCUGUUGCAAUCGCAUUUAGCCCAAUAAAAUACCAGACAACUAAUCAAGGCAAUGUGCUCAACUUACCAUACAAACUAGUCUUUGCCGUGGCAACUUUAGACACCAUCAUAGUAUAUUCCUCAGACAACAACUUUAAACCAUUGGGUCAAGUCUCAAAUUUACACUAUCAGCCAAUAACAGAUCUUUCAUGGACUUCAGACGGACAACGUAUAGUAGCAAGUUCUGUCGAUGGAUUUUGCUCAUUUGUUAAUUUUCAUUCGGGUGUUUUGGGUCAGCGAUAUACAGGACCAAAUAUAGAGGUUUCUCAAUUAAACGGCAAGGCCAAGAAGAGGAAAAGAGAAAGUGAAGUCAAUGAUGACAAAGCGACGAUACUGGCGAGUAGCUCCGGCGGUGAUGGAUUAGAAGGAGAAUCGGUUGAAAAAGUGAAAAAAACAAAAGAUCCAAUACAACAAACGGGACUAAAAGAAACAACGGACAUAAAGAAGACAAAAGAGACCAAGGAAACAAAGGAAACAAAGGAAACAAAGGAAACAAAGGAAACAAAGGAAACAAAGGAAACAAAGGAAACAAAGGAGCAUGAUCUGCCACCAAAGCCUGUACAGACAAUCGAUUCAUUUUUCAAUACGGAAAAAAAAGUUACCAAAAAGAAAAAAAGAAUUGCACCAACACUUAUCAAAUAG